GACAACCACAGCUAUAAACAAUUGCUGAAGUGGGCAAAAGGGGCUGCUUGUAACAAGAGGCCGUAUAAAUAGCCUCUUGAAAGAACCAAAGCGUUACGGGUGUAUUGUUUUGCCGGUGAAGCUUUAUUUUGCAUGCGAGGCAGACACUUUACAUUCGUGAAUCAGUGUUUCGGAAGAUGCAGGACCCGACUUUAUUUCAUAAAACACUCAGGGUUAAUGUUCAGACCCUGAGAUCCCGGGCUUUGAAUGUAAACAUUCCGCGCGCAACAUUUUUCUGACAAAAACAAAAGCCAUCCCUGGAUGCGUCGUGUGAGCCCAGUCCGCACUUUCCCGUAGAGAUUUCACUACAACUGAGCAUCUCGCAUUGCAGUGUCUUUUCUUACUCCCUUGGGGUACAUUCUGUACAUGUUUGCGUCCAUGUUGUGUGUGUGUGUUUCCGUGUAUCUGUGCUGGCCAGGUCAGGUUUGACAAGCGAGGUCUCAUUCACAAUCAAUGCCCCGAUACUCACUUUGAAUCUCCAUAAAUAAUUCCACAUUACACAAACCCUAAAAAAAAUGUACUUACACUGGCUACCCACGCUAUAAGAAUACACUUCGAAAUAAUAUUAUUAACAUUGAAAGCAAUACACAACCUUACAUCAGAAACCUCAUACACGUGAAGCAAAACGACAGAUCACUUCUGCUGCUCAACGCAAGCACUCCUCCCCCAACCACCCAAAACCAAACACACAACCAAUGGGGGUUUGGACAGAUCUUUUUCUUUUACAGCACCACACCUCUGGAACACCCUCCCAGAGGCAAUCCGCACACUCGACUCCAUCACCACAUUCACAGUCGCAACUCAACAACACAGCUCUCUGUUCGCUUGUGAUUAUUUGAGCAUUGGCUUAUUUUUACACGUAGCACUUUGUGGAAGCUGCCUGGUCUAUCGCUCCACGUGUAGCCCCAGGUUUCUUAGACCACACUUAUGCCCUUCGUUCUCUGUGCUUCAGAAAUGUAAACCCAUUUAUAGAAACACCGACAUCGCUGACUUGAAAAACUCAAGAUGAACUGCCUACGAUGCAUUCUGGCUUUAACCAGCCUGCAUCGUGUGAGGAUCUCAGAGUCCUGCAAAUAAUUGAGAAUAGUCCCUAAGCUCCUCUGGCAGGUGGGGUCGCAUUGGCUGGGUCACGUAGCCUGCGUACUCGGGCACCGCAUGCUUCAAGCUUCUUCUGUUUAGUUCACAUAGUUGGGCUAGAGAAGAGAUAGACUGAUAUGAUGCAAUAGCAAUAGCUGACGAUGGGUGGACUUGCUGAUGACUGGUACCAGUGUUAUCAAGAUUGGCCUCGCUGGAGGAGGCUCACGAAGGGCGCUACUUGGCCGCGUUAAACAGAACAUCGCUAUUUUGUACGUAGUGUGCUUGCAGUUGUUGCCACGAAGCCAUCGUCUCGUCACCGCUUGGACUCCGGCAAGAUGAACGACAGAUUCGACGAUCGUUUCUCCACCGUACAGACAAUCACAGUGGAGUUCGUGCUGCCUUUCAAGGUGAGCGGGCAGCAGAGCAUCACCAGGGAUGUGCAGGGCACGCUGAGCGUCGACCAGGUCUGGAACUCGUUCUGGUCCGACGUCAUGACGUGCACCAUGGACAGCGAGUGCUACGUGAUCAUCACCGCCCCGCCGGACUCGUACGCCCUGUACUACGAGGCGGAGGGGCGCACGUACGAGAUCUACGACCGGCAGCAGAUCUUCCAGACGCUCGAUUGCGUGCGCCGCUGGGGCACGCGCGGCUUCUCGCCCGGCCGGAUCCUCGUCCGCGAGCGGCCCAAGCCCACGCCGCGUGGCCAGAGGUUCCAGGAGGAGCUGGACUACCUGAUCGGCGCCAAGGUGGAGGCGCUGUGCCUCGCCGGCGACGACGAGCUCGAGUUCACGCGCCGGAGGCUGGCGGCGGUGCGCGCCGCUGAGCUGGAGCGGCGCGACCCCUUCGCGUACGCGCUCGAGCCGUGGGUCGCCUCGCAGCCGCCGGCCGCCUACCUGGAGGAGCGCAUCGCCAAGAACGGCGGCCUCCUCGACAUCACGCUGCACUUGGCCUCCCGCCAGCAGAGCAUCCAAGUGUCGCCCAAGGACUCGCCCCGCGAGAUCGCCCUGGGGUUCUUCAGCGGCGUCUAUGGCCACAACGAGCUGCUGCGGCACAGCGAGCCCGAGCACGCCGAGUGCUUCGUGUUCAAGGUGUGCGGCCGCGACGAGUACAUCCAGGGCCCGUACCCCAUCGUCGACUUCGUCUGGGUCCGCCGCUGCGUCAAGAAGAACGAGAAGAUCCACCUGGCGGUGGCGCAGCUGCAGGACGUGGCGGCCGAGGAGACGGAGGACGACUGGCCGCUGCUGGACAACUGCGAUGGGGCGACGGGCACCGCGGAGGAGCUGAGCCUGUGGAGGAGCGACGCGGGGCAGCUGUGCACGCUCUCGCUCUGGGACUGCAACCGAUUCCUCCGGGUAAACGUGCGGGGCAUCGAGUUCCCGCCGGGCGUCGCUCUGUGCCCGCAGGGGGGUGGCGGCGGCGGCGGGGGGGGGGACGCCGAGGUGUACGUGCAGGCCGGCGUCUACCACGGCAAGGUGCGGCUGGCGUCCGUGAUGACGUCCAAGCGGCCCCUGCAGGAGGAGAUCGUCUGGGGCGACUGGCUCGAGUUCGGCAUCCGCAUGAAGGACCUGCCGCUGGGGGCGUGCCUCAACCUGUCGCUCUACAGCGUCCGCAGGUCGGGCCUACUGCCUUCGGGCAGCCGCAGCUUGGAGGCCCGUCUGCUCCACUACGUGAACAUGACGCUGAUCGACCACCGCUCACUGCUUCGCCAGGGCGAGUUCGUGCUGUACAUGUGGCCCCUCCAGCAGGGGCAGAGGGCGCCCGACCCCAGCGCCCUGCCGUCGGGCGCCAAUCCCGAGCAGGAGCGCGCGGCCGUCGUGAGCGUCCUCCUCGACACGUACGACUGCCCCGUGGCGCUGCCGCGCUCCCAGGCCGGCGUCUUCCACAUGCCCGAGAGGGCCAAGCGGUUCUUUGCGGAGGGCAGCGUCCAGGACGAGUUCCUCAAGCACCUGGUGAACGUCGACCCGCUGAGCCCCGUGGAGGCGCCGGAGCUGGCGCUGCUGUGGCAGAUGCGGGACUCGCUGUCCCGCACGGCGCAGUCGCUGCCCCGGCUGCUCCGCGCCGUCGACUGGGGCAGCCUGGAGUGCGUGCGGGAGACGCACGGCUUCCUGCAGCACUGGAGCAUGACGGACUUCGACCUGAGCAUCGCCAUGGAGCUGCUCGACGGCAACUUUGUGGACGGGUUCGUGCGCCGCAUGGCGGUCGAACGGCUCGCCGCCUCCGGCAACGACGAGAUCCUGCUCUUCCUGCUGCAGCUCGUGCAGGCACUCAAGUUUGAGCCGUACCACGACAGCCCACUUGCCCGCUUCCUCAUACAGAGGGCGCUGAGGAGCAAACGCCUGGGCCACUUCUUCUUCUGGUUCCUGCGCAGCGAGAUCGCCGUGUGCGCCCAGUCGCGAGCGCGCUUCGCCGUGCUGCUCGAGGCAUACCUGCGGGGCUGCGGGCGCGCCACGCUGCACAACUUCGUGCAGCAGGUGAAGCUCAUCGACAGCCUCCGCAUCGUCGGCGACAAGAUGCAGCUGCAGCUCGGCAACUUGUACAACGUUCCGCCUAACGCGGCCUCCGAGCUCCAGGACAAUCUGGAACGGGUCGUGAUCCCCGGCGUCUUCCAGCUGCCGUACGACCCGUGCGUGCGCGCCGGCACCAUCGUAAUAGAAAAGUGUAAAGUUCUGGCGAGCAAGAAGAAGCCGCUGUGGCUGGAAUUUCACCGGGCGGAUUCCACGUCGCUGGACGAUUCGAACGUGAAGUUGAUCUUCAAGAACGGCGACGACCUGCGCCAGGACAUGCUCAUCCUGCAGACCUUAAACAUCAUGGACUCCAUUUGGGACAGCGAGGGCCUGGACCUCUGCCUCCUUCCUUACGGCUGCAUCGCCACGGGCUACAACACAGGUGUCAUCGAGGUGGUGCCCAACGCUCACACCGUCGCGAGCAUCCAGGUGGAGAAAGGCGGCAUCCCACGGAACGAAGGGUACCUCAAGACGUGGCUCGACGAGCAGAUGCCGCUCGCAGGACAGAACCUGCAGGCGGUGGAGAAGUUCAUGCACUCGUGCGCCGGUUACUGCAUGGCCACGUACGUGCUGGGCAUCGGGGACCGGCACAACGAAAACAUCAUGAUCACCAAGAACGGAAACCUCUUCCACAUCGACUUUGGCCACAUCCUGGGCAACAUCAAGAAGUUCUGGGGCGUCAGUCGCGAGCGUGUGCCCUUCGUGCUGACGCCCGACUUCCUGUGCAUCCUGGGCGCACACAAAAACAAAAACCUCUACUUCCAGCGCUUCGUGGACACGUGCUGCCGCGCGUACCUGGCCCUGCGUCGCCACAAGAACCUGCUCAUCACGCUCUUCAACAUGAUGGCGACGACGGGGAUGCCCGAGGUGACCCCGCGCGACAUCGAGCACAUGCGCGAGGCUCUCGUGGUUAGGGCGACCGAGGCCGACGCCGAGGCGCACAUCCGCAGCGAGAUCGAGCACUGCAUCGACAAGGGCUGGACCGUGCAGGUGAACUGGUGGAUGCACCUCUUGGCGAGCCGCAAGACCACCUAGUGGCGCCCCGCCCCGGGGAUCAACGAGCGGUGCGCGGUGGGCAGCGAUUAAACCAUUUUUAAAAAAACACUAUCAAUGAUUUUUUUAAAAAAUUUGACAACGUGUUGAGGAAGGCGCCCACCGAGCUAUUUAGUUAUUUUUCAGAAGACACCUGGCCAUCGCUUGUGAUAGCUCAACGUAGUGGUUUACCGUCACGUGGAAACCUAGCGCAGCCAACAUGCUCCAGACGCGUGCUGUUGAUUCUAAAUGUGGAGGGGAAAAACCGGAGGACCCGGAGAAAACUCGCGCGACCACGGGGAGAACACGCACAUUCCAAAUAUCAGCAGGUGUCGGGGUAGUGAUCAAAAUCCAUGACCUCCUGUAUCCCCGGCGAGGUAGUUAACAUCUCUUAGCCACCGUGGCGGCUGUGUCUGUCCAGGACAGCGGCCGCCUCGAGCGUUCCUCUCGCAAUGACUCUGAGGUGCCGAUUGGUCACGUGCCAAGGGUUUAAUUCUCGACGUGACUGCUGGUCAGCAUGGUCACUCGAGUUUUACCGCCGAUGUGGAAAAUCCGAAGAGGUUUUCACGACCGAUAUUAUCCAUGAUACAGGGUCUUUUUUGGGUUAGAUCACGUAAAAAUAUAAACGUGUCGUUCAACCCGCCACCACCCGACACAGCCAACUAGUAAGGUUUGUCACGUAAAAAGAACGUGGCCAAUUCGUUACGAGUACAGCACACCGGUUUGUUGGAGUGUAAAUCCACAAAAUUUACAAUUUGAGUACGACGUUUCGCCAGUAAUUACAACGAGCAUUAUCAGGCGACAGCCAGGUUUGUGGAGACAACUUACUGAUUCGUUCCCAGAUAGAUUGAUCGAUGUGAUGUCGUUUUUUAAGUGACAAACCUUACCAAUUGGCUGCGUCGGGUGGUGGCGGGUUUAACGACACAUUUAUAUUUAACCCAAAAAAAAACCUAUAUUGUGGAUGUGGAAAAUGUUUCUCCACAAAUCUCGCAAUGGCUGUGGUUGGAUACGAGUCACGUGGCACCCCUGUUCUAUUCUCCGAGCAAACCCGGAGAAAACUCUACAUAAACUACGUGAUCCAGUGGGUCGUAGGAAGUGGUAGAAAGUGCUGUACAACAAUUUUCCCGCACUGCCCUCUGCUGCCCACAACGCACGUACGUAUGUUGAACUGCUUUCGCACUGCACGUAGCCAACCCUGCUAAUCGGGAGGGGUGGGGGAAAGGACAACGAAUUAACUACAAAAAAACAGUUGUAAAGAAAUGUAGCCUUGGAUCAGCCCAUAACACCUGUUGUGCAAGGCGAUCGUCAAUCCAAGCACUUGUCCAGGCUCAGAACCAGUUGCGCUUCCGAUAGCUCGUGAUAUCGGGAGCAUUCCGGGUUCCUUUGAUCGUAGACAAACUUUAAAUAUGUUUAAGUUUUUAUAUAUAUAGUCUCUAGGAAAACAUAGAUAUUAGAUAUUUAUUCUCACAAGGUGUUUUAGCUGAUUGAAUAGUAUCAGUGCCAGGUUACAACUGAGCAAUCGUUGCUGGGCCCGGCAAAGGGAUGGGAGCAGUGGCAAGGUGAAGCCACCUCGGAGAUUCUCUGUCCCGACAUCUUGACCUUUGAUCUCUGCCCCCUUCCAGCCAGUCGUCAUAAUCAUCGUAUAAUACCCGUACGCCAAUUCUCGUUUUAGAGUGAUUAUAAUUUUUGUCCAGGUAAAUUUCCAGUGAGUCUCAGGACUCUUUCGCUUGUGUCUUGUUGGUUAUGUUUGGUCAGUUUUUGUUUUCGUUGUUGUAGCAUUUCCCACCUGUGUUAGGAUUUUGGAGAGCUCUCGAUACACGAGGGAAAUCAGAGGCGACGUAGUACACCUCAGCCUCCGAGCCUCGUACGCAACGGAGAUCUUGGUUACGGGAAUUCGUGUGGCAUGCCACGUCCAUUCCGCAUUACUCUUGUUAACUGGUAUUCCUUUCUGCUGCUGCUGCUGCUGUUGUUGUUAAAUUACCUUUUUGUCUUCGCAUCCCGAAUAACAACGGCUGCGGGUGAACGACAGGGACGCCACAAAGCAGCGCGGCGCUCGCAACGGCAGUGCCUCGCUAGAGCAACGGCAACUGAAACGGUGUCUCGCGCGCGUCGAAGAGGCUCCUUCGUGUUCGAGACAUCUCGGACACCGGAGCGACGAGUAAUUAAGCGGACGAGGGAUGGCACCCCCCCCACCACCCCGCUCCCCACCCCGUUCGGGGUGGCUUGAAGGAACAAAGGUGGCUGAGAGUUGAGGGUGAGCUGCCUCUGAUUAAUAAUGAAACCCGGGUUUUUUUCUUUCUUUCUCAGAGCUCAUUUAAAAGCAUUCGCGUUUGACCCCAGAGCUCGUCGCGUCCCAGGGGCUGUACAGAUUAAUAACUGCGGUUUUUCAUUUUCGCUUUUCGGAGGCAUCAUUAUUUUAUUUUAGGUCUUAGGUUUUUUUUUUUCAUUUGCAAGUCGCUGACUGUCGUGAGUGGGCAGGGUUGGCACACCUCGAGUUCGGGUUUUUAUACUUCUUGGGUAAAAAAAUUAAACCCCCGCGGUGUCUUAAAACGAUUGUAUGUUCCGCUGUAAGCUUGCUUUUAAUGACACGCCUUGAAAUAGAAGUUGCGACUAAAAUAUUAACCCGAGAAUAAUGAUAGGUGGGUUAACACAUCUAAUUCUAGCGACAGCAAACCGCUAUACAGACGUCGAUGUUAACACACGCGCCGAAUGCUUUCUACGAAUGUAUCGCCUUGCACUGUGGCACAAACAGGGUCGUUUUUGUGUUUUUAUCGUGGGCUCCAACUCCGAAACAGGAAUGUGCACCACACCGGCCGGGUGACAAUCCAUCCGAUGGGAUUGGUUCGUGCUCGCACGAUGCCCGCGUCGCAUCGUGCCCGCGCGAGAGUUGGUUAUUUACAAUUCGUCCCGGCUAUGUUAAAAUCAUAUACGGCAAUUUUUUUAUAUAUACAUAUGUAUAUUUAGGCAAUUUGUAAAUUUUGGCCAAAUGAUGGGGAAUUAGACAAAAAUAACACAAACGAGAAUUUUAAAAAGAUAUAUAUUCAUUCCAUCUAAUUGCAACUCUUGAAUAGUGACAAGGCAUCCAUUGCCCGUGGCGGCUCGGGACUCCUCACUUGCCUGUUGGACACGCAGGCCUCGUUAACAGUCUUGUGGCAUGUUUUUUUAUUGCAGCAUUCACUGGAUUAUGGAGACACUCCAGAAGGUGUCAAAAUGGUUACACAAAUCUAAUCGCACGCGCGCACACACAUCUACCGGAUUAGAAGACAAAACCACCAACUUUAUACUGCAAUCUGGUUUUCAUAUUCUUUGGGUCUUUCGGUAAAGUCAAGUAGAUAUCUACAGUCACGAAAGCUUUAAGUCAAGAUGCAAUCUGGUUUGUUCAUUUUUUUACUGCCAUCCCCCCCUCCCUCCAUGUCUCCAUCACAAUUGAGAAAUCACAAUAUAUAUGUUUCAGCGAUUUUGUCAGGAUGUGAAUUGGUCCGUCCUUCUUACGUCUCAUUAGCGUGGUACAGCUAGCUAGCUGGCUGUGCUUUGUCCAAGCUAAACGUUCGUGCUGUUCCGUGUGCUGCAAUAUGAUUGUGCUCGGAUUUCGCAAAUGCCACUCCACGCGGAGCCAUUCACUGUCAUAAACCUUUCCACGUGUACCAAUUUUUCUCCCUUUAAGUGAGAGAUUUCGGUGAUUUUACUGUGCACAAAGACACCUCAAUGUUGCGUUGAACAGACUUUCGGGGGCAAGUUCUGUUCGCGAGCGCCUAUAGAGGUCGGCACGUUACACGAGGGGGCCAGGGCUACACCUGGCCGCCUUUGUCUCCCUCGUGACGAUGUUUACACACCGUACCACGCACAGAUGCCCCUCGAGUUACGAAAGGGAUGCGCUCUUCUGUAAAUGCGCGUCAAACGAAAUUUCGUGAAUGGGAAUGGUUUUUCCCCAUUGAAUUAAUCAUUAUUAGGGAUGUCAGUCCAACUCGACUCCGUAGGGGCCGUACAUGACGUCACGCGAUUUUGGAGGAUUUUG